AUGACCGUGCCAGCAUUCGAUUUCUCCAAGCUUUCGUCCCCAAAUGAUGCAUGGGGACCUUCCAGCGUGAUUCCUGAUAGCUUACAAUUUAGUGGUGUUCCUUACGCUCCUUUCUCCAAGGCCGACAGACUGGGAAAGGCUGCUGACUGGCAACAGUCGAAGGAGGACGAGAUGAAGCAGCAGCAGCUGAAAAACCAGAAUCAAAAGCGCAAGGAUCACUAUCAUGCCUAUGGUGCUUCCGCAGCCAAGCUCUUUGGCGCUGAGGAAGAGGAGGAAGAGUUCAGUGUGGUGGACAACAGCAACGCUAUUCCUGCCAAUCAACAGACCGUUCUGCGGGGCAGAAACAGGGUCGCUAACCAGAAGCCAGGAGGAAAGCCAGGUAACGUCGCCAGAAAUCAACCUUCCCGUCCUCAACAAGGUCAUCCAAAUGCCAACAUGAAUCCUAAUUAUAGAAACUUCAACAACAGAUACAAGAAGGACGACAAGGUCAGAGACCCAUCUCUCAAGGUGAACACCAAAUGGCACUCGGUGUCUGAAAUUGAGUUUAACAAACUCACCAAAUUGAAUCUGGAAGUCGGCGAAGGCACAGAUCUAGAGUCUUACGGAAGCGUCCACGGCUACGUGAAAAAAUUUGAAUCUUUCAAGCAGCAGGCAUUAAGUGUUGUCGACAAGAUGAUUCUGAACCCAACUACCUCAGAAGACCCUGUGAUUCAAAAGCUUGCCAGCGAGAAGAAGGCAUCCGUUUUUGUGACAGACUCGAUUCUUUCUCAACUGAUGUGUGCUGCCAGAUCGAGUUACUCCUGGGACAUCAAGGUGACCAAGAAAGACGGGAUCAUCUACUUCGACAAGAGAGAAAACACCGACAGAUUGGAGGUGGAUGAAAAUAGUUACAAUGCCCCUAUCGAUCUCCCUGACUCCGACGUGAACAGCGCCUCAAACUUGUCUUUGGAAGCCACCUUCAUCAACAACAACUUCUUGGCCAACUCUUUGGACUCUUCCGUGCAGGAGUUUGAACACCCUGAGAAUCCGUUUGUGUCUAAGACUACUAGCGAGUCGCUGCUAAACAAGGGCUACAAGUACAGAAAGUUUUUGCUUCCUUCUGUCAGUGAUAACUCGCGAGAACUCGACAUUAUUGUGAGAACUGAGAUUGACGCCUACUCAAGGGAGCAGAACAAGUAUCUCUCUAUCAACGCAUUGAACCAAUACGCUCCAUCGCCAUCCAACGACUGGAAGAACAGGCUCAGCGGAUCCAGAGGUGUUAUUUUUGCUGAGGAAAUCAAGAAGAACAACAACAAGAUCGCCAGAUGGACCACAAAGUCUCUCCUGGCUGGAAUUGAUAGCAUGAAAAUUGGUUUUGUGUCUAGAGCAAAUCCCAAAGACAAUACGAAGCACAUCGUCGCGGGUGCCUUGACAUUCCACCCAUCUGGUCUCAGUGCUCAAAUAAAUUUGUCCCUCGGAAACGGUUGGGCCAUUGUCAGAUCCAUCCUGGACAUCAUUGAAGCUGAUGGAGGAAAAAGUGACUACACCUUCAUCAUUUUAAAGGAUCCUAACUCUCCGAAAAUUACUAUUUACAAAGUGACAGAGUAA